CGCGCCGCGCCCGCCGCUCCGAUCGGGGUCGCGGCGCGUCGCCGGGUCACGGAGGCCCGUCGCCGUCGGAGGAGCGGCCGCCGGUGGUCAGUUGGCCGCGCUGGGCCGUCGGUACCGGCCGCACCAGCCCCGCUCCGCGCCCGGACACCGCCCUCACCGGACCUGACGGGCGGUCACACAGCGGGAACAGCGGAGACGGGGACAGCACAGCCGACCAGCGGAGACGGACUGAUAGCGGGCGUCUACACAGCUACACGGUGACGAUGUCGGCUCUCGGGCUGCGGCAGCUGCUGGUCGCCCUGCUGGCGGCCACAGCGGCUGCCCAGCGACCUCAGCAGGGCCAGCAGCUCUGGCAGGGACCCAGGCAAGGAGGCAAGCCGGCGGUACUGCUGCACCGUUCCUCGGCGAGCGGCUCGGACGAGUGGCGCCCCCUGGGACCGAUCGGACCCGUGCCCAACGGCCCGACGCUGCAGUACGCGCCGCCCGUGGUGGACGGUGGCCCUCUGAGGCCGCCCAUCCGUCGCCGGGUGGACGGGCCGCUGCCGCAGGGGCAGCCGGGCCCGCCGCGCCGCCGCCGGCCCCGGCCGCCCCCGCAGGGCCAGCAGGCGCAGCUAAACCGGCCCCUGCCGCCGCGCCGCCGACCGGUCGCCGGCCAGCAGCCGUGGCCCGGCCAGCCGCCGCAGCGCCUGCCGCCCCGACCUCCCCCACAGCAGGAGCCCAUCCGGCGCCGACCCCCGCCGAACGGGGCGCCUCAGCAGCGGCCGCAGCAGAACCCCGCUCCUCAGUUCUCCGAGCAGAACCAGCGCCCACCGCAGUUCGCCGAGCGUCCGCCGCAGUUCUCCGAGCGCCCGCCGCAGUUCUCCGAGCGCCCACCGCAGCAGCUGGCGGGUCCUCAGUUCCCGCAGCCGCCCCAGCGCCGGCCGCAGCGCCCGCCACCCGGCGGGUUCCGUCCGCCUCAGUUGCCCCCCACCGACGACCGGUUCUCGUUCAGCGAGUCUGACGCCGACGGCUGGACCCCGGCCGGCGCUUUCGGUGCUCCCGAGCCCCCUGCUGAGCUGGAGGGCGAUGACGAGCCGGUCCUCGACUCGGAGCCCGCCCCGUCGGUGCCGGUCCCGGCUCCUCCGAGGGUGCCUGUGGUGAACGCGCCCCCGCCGCCGACCGAGACGGGCGCGCCGGCGUUCCAGCCACCCGUGGACCUGCUGCCGGCGGACGCCUUCACCCCCAUCAGGGAGGAGGGCCAGGAGACCGAGGGUCAGACGGAGGAGCCAGAGGAGAGGCCAGAGAGGCCUGUAGAGCGUCCGGUGGAGAGGCCCGUGGAGCGUCCAGUGGAACGUCCGGUGGAGCGACCUGUACAGAGGCCUGUAGCGCGGCCGUUUGAGCGGCCCGUGGAGCGCCCGGUCGAGCGCCCGGUACAGCGCCCAGUCGAGGAGCGCCCGCCACCACUGCAGACCAUCCGUCCCGUACGUCCGUUUAGGCCUCGGCGACCGGUGCGACCCCGCCCGAGGCCACCCGUGCGGCUCGAGAGGCCGAGCUUCUUCCAGGAGAACGAGAUUGAGCGUCCCGCGGCGCCGGAGGUUCCUGAGGUCGAGCCGGUGACUCAGCGCACCGAGGCGACCGAGGAGACGGCCGACCGGGACGAGCUCAACACCGUCAGUCCUGAGGAGGAGAUCGAGGACUUCCAGCGACCUGAAGAGGUGGAGAAAAAAGAAGAGCCCGAGCCAGUGAGAUUCACAAAGCCAGUGGAGCCUACUUCGACGGAAGCUCAGACGACUGAGCGGAUCACGACUGAAGCAACGACGACGACGACGACCACAACCACGACCACCGCCCGUCCCACCACCGAGCGGACGACGACUACAGAGCGGGUGACCGAGACGACCACCCGGCGCGUGCCGCCGACACCGGCGUCCCAGCCGGCCCGCCCGCGGCCGCCGUUCCGCCGCCGGCCCGCGCCCGGCUCGAACGAUGAUGACGAUGAUGACAGCUCGCCGAGCGGAGUCCGCCGGCGGCGGCCGCUGUCCAGCUUCCUCCAGAGGCGGCCCGACCUGAACCGACUCCGACCGAGACCGCGGCCCGGAGCGAGACCGAGCGUCCCGCGGCCGGAGAAGCCUUCUACGUUAGCCCCCACCACUACCACCAGCACCACUACGACAGAGGAGCCCACGACAACAACCACCACCACCGAGAGAGCCACCACCUCCACUGAGAGCAGUCCGAGCUUCCCUGAGAGGCCCAGCGUCUUCCGACCCCGCCCGUCCGUGUUCAAACAGCCGGGCUUCUCGGAGUCCCGCCCGGAGACUGACUCUGAGUCCGACUCCGUGUCGCCCGACCGUCAGGCCCUGAUCGACCGUCUGAUCCAGUCGGAGCUGCAGUCCAACCGUCGGCGCCGGCCGCCGCCGAGCCGCCGCCGGCCCGGUCCCGGAGGACGGCCUGUGGUGACCCCUGGCGGCCGGCCGGCGCGACCGUCCGUGUUCGACCGGCUGUCGGCGAGCAGGCCGACCCGGCGGCCGUCCCCGCUGCUGCAGCGUCGGCCCGAGCCUGAGGAGCAGGAGCAGGAGGUCCAGAGCGAGACUCCAGUCGAGGAGCCUCUCCUGACCGUGCCCGAGAGGCCGGUGGAGAGCCCCAUCCGACGGCCGACACUGACACUGCCUCAGCGGCCCGCUCCCGAGGAGGUCACAGAAGAGGCUGCUCCGGAGACCACAGAAGCUCCCCUUCCGACGCGCCGGCCGCGGCCGCCGCAGCUCAUCCGUCCUUCCGUCGCACGACCCCAGCCGUUCCCAGUGGAUCGUCCUGAGCCGUUCUCCGUGAGCCGCCCCGAGUCCCUCCCAGUCAGCCGUCCUGAGCCGUUCUCAGUGACCCGUCCCGAGUCUCUGCCGGCGAGCCGUCCUCAGCCGUUCUCCAGGCCGCCAGUGAAGAGCCCGGGCCUGUUCUCUCGCCCCUCUCUGAGUCGACCGGAGCCGGCCAUCACACCAUCGGUGGCUCGCCCUCAGGACUCUGCCCCGCCGCAGAGACCCGCCGCACCGGCACCCCGACCCGCCCAGGCCAAACCAGAGAGCGGCGAGCGGGUGUCGAUCCUGACCCUGGCCACGCAGCGUCCGCCGUUCAGCUUCGGCAUCCGUCCGGUGACGGUGGCGCAGAAUCUGGUGGCCGAGUCGCCGUACACGCACACCGGAGGCUACUCCAGCAUCAAGAUGUUCGGCAUCAACGCCGGCAAGAAGCACGCCAAGAAGCCCACGUACGCGGAGAAGCGGAAGCCGGUGUCGAACGCCAUCGGGUUCUCCUCGGAGCCGGCCAAGGUGCAGAAGCUGUCGCGCGCUGACGACCAGACGGAGCCGACUGCGGCUCUGGAGAUCGGCACACCGACUGAGGUACAGACGGUCGCUGUCGAUGAGACUGCACCCGAGCAGGUGACGACGGAGACCUACCAGCCGCCGCCAACCACCGAGCCGUACACUGAGCAGACCACCGAGUCUAACCGGGCGACUGCGGUCGGCUCCCAGUGGGAGACGACCCGGCCGCAGCCGUGGAGCCCCGAGCGGCCGGCGUCGCCCACCCCGGCCGUCCAGAACGACAUCGGCGCCGACCCGGCCGUCCUGGAGGCCUCCAAGGACCAGGAGGCCGCCGCCGUCACCGACCGUAUCCUCUCCGAGAUCGAGGCCUGGACUCCGAUCGUCAACCACCCGCCGCAGAAACAGGACGAACAGCAUGCUGAAACGACCAUCGACCAGCCCGAACGACACAUCAGUUCUGAGGAGCACAACAACCAGUUUGUGGAGCCUCAAUCAGCCGAGCCGUACUAUGAAGACCCGGAGCAGCAGUACGAGGGUUCCGAGGGAUACUACGAUGAUGCAAGGCAAUACCAGGACCCCGAGCAGUACUACGAGCAGCCUGAGCAGGCGGCAGACACCACCGAGGCGUCCGGUUACCAGCAGCUCGAGUACUACAUCGGCGACCCCUCGGACCUGCAGUCGGAGGGCUCCGUCUGGGCGCCCGUGGUCUCCGGCGUGGUGCGGGUUCCGGUAAGGCAGACUGUGGUUCCGGCCGAGCAGGGAACCCAGGAAGCCACCCAGGUGAUCCAGGAGGCGACCGAGGUGGCCCAGGAGGUCAGCCAGGUGACAGCAGAGCCUGAGAGCCGGCCAUACGCCGAGGAAGAGUAUGUGGACGCAGACCCGGCCGACCUGUAUCAUCCUGGACAAGAUUACGGGGAGGAGAUGGGUGACAUCCCUCAAUACGAUGAUGUGGAGUUCCAUGCCGGCGGGCCGUUUGUUCCGACCGGGGAGUACGGUCCGAGCGCUCAGUCAAACACAGCUGAGGAGGGUGUGAUUCGGCCUGAGGUGACUCAGAGCGCCCCCGGCUUCCUCCCGGAGCGGCCGUUCCGCCCGCCGCCGCCGCGGCGUCCUCCGCCCCCGCAGGAGCGGCCGGAGCUGCCGCAGAGUCCCAGCGGUCCGCCGGCGCGGCCGCGGCCCGCCCGGCCCGGCAGCGGCUGGAUGUCCGGCCUGCUCUCCGGUCUGUUCGGAGGUUCCUCCUCCGCCUCCUCCUCCUCCUCCCAGUCCUCCGGGGGCGGCAGCGGAGGCCUCCUAGCCGGCCUGUUCCGGAGGCCGUCCACGCCUGCACCCUCCCCGGCGGAGGAGCAGCUCCCGCCCGUGCAGAGCGACCCCAUCCUGACGGCCAUGUUCGGAGGGUCCUCAGAACGGCCUGGAGCAAAGGAGGCGGCGCCCGCCGAGCGGCCAGCGUGGCAGCGAGCGGAGAGCGGCGGCGCGGACAACUAGAGACGUCCACAUGUUUCAGUCAGCAAUCAGAACUUUGUACUUCAGUAACGACAGCAAAUUAGCUUAUAUCGAUAGUCUGAAAGAUACAGAACGGAUGCUGAUGAACCAGGCUAUUUUGGUUUGUUAAAAAACAGGUAUUAUGGUAAAGCACGCAUUAGAUUGCCCUGCUAAACACUAUUCAUGUAAAAGGGCCACACCGACUGGUGAAACAAUGUCACUGGGCUGAAUUGUGCUACAAGUGUAACGAUGUACAACUGUGAGGCAUGGUCUGGAUGUUUUUGAACGUGCAGUCUGUAUGGGUGCGUAUUUUGCUCGGUGAGAUUGUUGUCACACUAUUCCAGGGCGUGACCUGUUCUUUGUAUCGUGCAAAGACUGAAAGGGCUAUUACGUGGCAUCUCCGUGUGUUUGGAGCCAGAUCUGCGCUGUACGAACUCAGAUGGCGAGGGUCGCUGGCUCACAUUGAAUGCACGAACUGUUAUUUAUUAUUGUUGUUGUUGUUGUGGAUGUAAGAGAUCAAAUAAACGCGAAAGAUAAAACUAAA